UGUAUCAAUGUGAUAUUGUACUGUAUUGUAUGUAUGUAUGGUAUUGCUUGCUUACCAUAUGGAUGAGCAAAGUAACAAUGCCCGCACCGAAACACUUGGUCAGCUCCUCCCUCUCUGUACUGCUGCACUGCACCUCGUUUGCAGCUAGACUUCAAAAGCAAUUAACACCAAGGCCUGGUCUUGUCGACCAAUCUGUUUGCUGCUUAUAUACCAACAUCUGGACUGGCUGCUGCUGCUGCUGCUACUACUGGCGUGCUUAAGUACUUAGUACUCCAGUACGUAGACAUUACGACUUGUCCCUCUGGUUGCCAGGUCGUCGAAACAAUAGCGCGGCCUGUGCUGAUGGGAACUCGAAGCUAACUACUGGCUGGUCUCUGCCUGAUCCAUUACAUCGUACCCAGCCAGGCUCUCCCUUCCCAACGACGAGAGCACAGUCCACAUUCCUUUUGCCGACCCAGCUCCUCCCACCACCCUUCCUCUGCCCUCCAGUCGAGUGCAACGUCUGCGAGAGACCUCCUUUGAACCUUUGUUCAUCGCUCGCAACGUCUCCACCACAAUGGCGUCAACCGACCAGCCCGCCGAGGUUGCAAGCAAGGUGUUGCGGCGAGCCCAGGUCUCAAAGAUGACCCGCACCCUUCAGAACCGCCUCGCUCUCGCCAAUGUCAAGAUCAAGCACGGAUGGCAAGACCUCUCUCUCGAUCAUUUGGAGCCGCGAGUCGACGUCGAGCUCAAGCGGAAACGACCCGGCUCCAGCAACCUCUCGGAUGCAUCCAGCGUCUCCGAGCGCUUCUAUCCCAGCAACGCACUCGACUCCUCGCCCCUCCAAGCCCCCAUAUUCUCAGAUGAUGUUCGCCCGUCAAACAGCCGGACUGGCAGCAGCCACAGUCAGAGCAAGCGGCCACGCUACUCCCAAACCUUCAACAGAUACCCCGGCUCCUCCAACCACACCCGCGCCAAAGUGCGGACGUCGGCUUCGACUUCAUGGAAAAACAGCUUCCAAUUGCCUGAAUCGUCGCCCGUCUAUCACCGUAGGCAUGCUCGCUUUGGCCGAACAACCCACGCCCCCAGCCUCUCCUUCGUCUCCGAGACUUCUACCGUCCCCGACGACCGUCGCUCGCCCCUCCUAUCCGAAGAUGACGACGAAGACCUACCCAUAUCCUCCUUCCAGAUCAACCGUAGCUCCCACAUGCCAUCUACUCCACCAAGGGCUCCUCGAACCCCCCCUCUCGGUGGUCGGUCGUUCCGUCUUCGUCAGAAUGGUUUCAAUGCUGCUGGUGCUGUUCGCGAAGGUCAAAAGGGUGACCGGGACGCCGACUUGCUCAUGUCCUUUGCUACAUCACCGUCCCCCGCCCGUCACGGAUCGUCGAAGCCUCGCAUCGUCGAACCAUCCACACCCCCUUCGAAAUCUACACCGCUUCCGUCGUCCAUGAUGUCCACCCCUGGCGGCGGAGCCGGAUCUUUCCCAUCUUUUGGUCUACAGACGCCUUCUACCAACAUCAACUUUGCCGACUUCCUCAACAUGUCGCCCAGUCCUGCCCAGCCCACCAAUUCAUGGAACCGAACACCAAUUGCCUCGAAGACGCCCGUUGCUACACGUGAAGCACGGCGAAGGCUCAAUUUCGAUACCCUACUGCCCCCUACCAGCGACUCCGCGCGGAUCGGCAAAGUCGAUGGUCUUGGCAUGGAUCUGGGCGGUGAGCUUGUGUCCUAG